CCACGAUGCCCUCCAUUACACCCAUGAGGAUCCUGAUCCCUCCCACUUCCCGUCGCAGGACCCCGACCCCGACGUCCAAAUGGGCGACGACUCCUUUCCCGACUCCAAACCCAAGGAAUCGCUACCCAUGCAGAAGAGACGUCGGGUGACGCGGGCUUGCGACGAGUGUCGGCGCAAGAAGAUCAAGUGCGACGGCAAGCAGCCGUGCACCCACUGCACCGUCUACAGCUACGGUACGCCACUCGUUCCAAUUGGAUUGAACCCACACCCCCUCUUUAGAUGCAUAUAGCUGAUCAACCGCGCGUAGAAUGUACUUAUGACCAGCCAUCUAACCGCCGGCGCAACCCCGCCCCGCAGUAUGUCGAAGCUUUGGAACACCGUCUCCACAAAGCCGAAGCGCUCCUCCGGGUCGUCCUCCCGGACCUCGAUCUGGAUGACCCCCGUUUCGACGAACAUGCCACCGAACAGAUGUUGGCCGCGAUUCGGCGGGAAUCGCAGCAAUCGCAUCCGCAAAUACCGCCCCCGCCACCGUCCCAACCGGCCCAGUCAUCGCAACCCUCCGUCGCUCCGAAUACCCCCCAGUCGGUGACAGCCACCGGAGGCCCAUCAGAUGGGAUUCAACCUCCGACAUCCGCGGAGAAUGACUCAGCGGGGGAUGAAUCGAUGCUCGAGUCCAUGGUGGAAAACUCGGGUUGCUUGGAUCUGGACGACCAAGGCCACUGGGACUACCACGGGCACACUUCCGGCAUCAUCUUCAUUCGGCGCCUGCGGAAGCAGCUGGGAGCGUCCGACAUGCAACCCCCCUCCAUGCGGAACCAGCCGGUGCAGCAGAUGCUGGAGAGUCCCAAAUCGGUCUCCGAAUCGCCCCAGGAUGCCUCCCUGCCGCCCACGCAGGACCUGCCGUCGCGCGACGUCGCACGGCGUCUGUGCCACAGUGCGUUGGAGGACGGUUGCUCCCUGAUGCGCUUCGUACAUGAACCGUCCUUUUACGCCAUGCUGGAGCGCAUCUACGAUACCCCGACGGAGCAGUUCACCAACGAGGAGAAUUCCUUCCUGCCGCUGCUGUACAUCGUCAUGUCCGUCGGCUGCCUCUUCUCCGACGACGGGACGGGGCUUCUCGAUGUGUCGGGCUACGAGAGCGCGAUCGGUCAAGGGUUUCAAUAUUUCAAGGCCGGUCGACAGCUUUUGGAAAUCACGGACUGUCGCGACCUCACCUCCCUUCAAGCCAUCUGUUUCAUGGUCCUAUUCCUGCAAUCGUCCGCUAAACUCAGCACAUGCUACUCGUAUGUCGGCAUCGCCCUGCGAUCGGCGCUGCGGUUGGGUCUGCACCGCUCCGUGACGGCGAACUUCAACCCGGUCGAACGCGAACUCCGGAAGCGCGUGUUCUGGGUCGUCCGCAAGAUGGAUGUCUACGUGAGCACGCUGCUGGGUCUGCCGCAGAUGCUGAGCGACGACGACAUCGACCAGGAGUACCCGAUGGCCGUCGACGGCGACUUCAUCACCCCGAACGGCAUCCUGCCCGCGCCCACGGACUACACGCCCCUGAUGGCCGGAGCCAAUGCGCACACGCGGCUGUCGACCAUCCUGCUCAAGGUCGUCAAGUACAUCUACCCGGUCAAAAAUGCCCAACAUCGGUCCAAGUCGGAUCAGCGUUACGUGGUGAGCCACUCCAAGAUCCGCGAAAUUGAGCGGGAUCUACAGGCGUGGAUGGAGGAGUUGCCGGCGACGCUCCGACCGGGGACCGAAGUAUCCCCGCAGCUUGAACGUGUCCGGCAGUUACUCCGCAUAAGCUAUGCCCACGUGCAGGUGGUCAUGUACCGACCCUUCCUCCACUACGUCUCCAGCGGUUCGCAGGCUCGAGGCCUGGAUCGACGUUCGUACGCCUGUGCGGCAGCCUGCGUUAGCGUCUCGCGGAAUAUCGUGCACAUCACCACCGGCAUGCAUAAGCACGGUCUCCUGAAUGGGUCUUUCUGGUUUACAAUGUACACGACCUACUUUGCCAUCCUGUCUCUGCUUUUCUUCGUCCUCGAGAACCCUGACUCCCCGACGGCCAAGGAUGGCAUUCUCAAAGACGCCAUGGAGGGCAAGACGACCCUGGGCGGUCUGGCCAAGAAGAGCAUGGCCGCCGACCGGUGCUCGCAGAGCUUGAACUGUCUGUUCAAGAAUCUCCCGGAGCUCCUCAAGAACCGCCAGAGCGCCGUUGCGCCGGUGAAUCUCAAACGGCCGGCGCCGACCAACCGCGUGGGCACGACCAACAGCCCGGCGGUAGCAGCGCGGCUCACGCCCCAGCGGUCAAAUACCUUCCCGCUCCAAUUGCUCACGCGGCCAACCAAGGCGGAGGCCAGCAACACGCCCAAGACCAUGGACGACAAUUACCACCCGUCGCCUCAACCGCGUCCGAGCCAGCCUCCCACGCCCAGCUGGGUCCCCUCCACGCCUGUUCCGCGCAGCGACUCGGUCUCCACACCCGCCACGAUGGACCACCCGCACGCCCCGUCCAACAUGCCACUAUCCUCCUACCCGAUCCCCGGGCACGAAUCCUCAGGGACCAGCUACCGGGCACCGUCGGCACCACCACCACCACCACCAUCAUACCCCGGCGGGUCCCACCUUCCCGACCUCAUGCCCAUCAUGUUCCCAUCAGACGACCCGUUCGCGUACCCAACACAGCCAAUGUCCACCCUGGAAAACGACCACUUCCGCGAAGACGGCACACCCUUCGGCAUGGGCCCAAACAACCCACUCGGCCUCUCCCCCGCCGGUCUCGACAACCUCAACAGCCUCGGCAUGUUCCCGCAUGGGCCAACCUCAAGCGGAGGCAUGAACACAGGCCUACCGAGCCAACUCGCCCAAGCCCCACCCCCACAACAGCCCCAACACCAACCCCAACCAGCCAUGAGCCGGUCCCGCCUCCAGUCCCCCGUCUCACACGGCUCCACCACCCCCGGCGAAGCAGUCAACAGCCCCGACCUGGUCUCCAUCCCCAACCAAAACCAGAACUUCCUCUGGCAGGGCUACAACUUCCAGCCGGGCACAUCCCAACCAACAAUGACAUCCUCGACGGCCGCACCGGACUUCACCGAUCUGGGAAAUCUGGACGACGCACACCACCAGGCGGUAGGGCCGGGCAUGGGCAUGGGCAUGGGGCUGGACCUGGGGAUUCCGCUGGACGAUAUCUUUGGGAAUGGCGAGGCAUUGCGGAUGGGGUAUGGGAAUCACCCUUACAACCCUGCCAAUGGGCCGCCUGACGCUGCGAAUGCAAAUGCGAAUGUGAAUGCGAAUGGAACUGGAAGUGACGACUGGACGCAGUGGAUGAACGUGGGAUGAGUGACGGCCCCUUCCCUGACUUUAUUGACGGUAAUUCUAAUGACUCGGCAUGGGAAAUGUGGCGUUUAUAUCAAUAUCAACCUUGGACAUACGACAUCUCUACACCUACAUACUACUUACAUACAUACCAUAUAUCUACAUA